AUGAGUCAAGUUCAGUCCCUGGAAAGGAGCUUCGAGAUGGAGAACAAGCUGGAACCGGAGAGAAAAGUCCAGCUUGCCCAGGAGCUCGGCUUGCAGCCUCGCCAGGUCGCCAUUUGGUUCCAGAAUCGCCGGGCUCGGUUCAAGAACAAGCAGCUGGAGAGAGAUUUUGACUCCCUCCGCGCCAAUUUCGACCGCCUCAAAGCCGAUUACAACUCCCUGCUCCAUAGAACGAAACCCUAA